GUGGCUUUGGAAAAUAAAACUCUUUGUGGCUCUUCAUAAUGUUCGAGAAAUGCACUGGUGAAGGGUUAGAUUUGUAUCUUUUGGUAGGAAAGCCGAGUUUUCCCGAUAUUAGCUUUCCGCCACUCAGGGUGGGGGGAGCCCAGCCCCUAGGAGAAGCAGUCGCCGGCGGGACUACGGGGCUCACCGGGCGUCCAGAGAGCCCAGGGGCCGGGGGCUCUCCCGCCGCCGGCCCGAGCCAGCCGGGCGCAGGCCUCACCGGGCCGGGCCGGGGCCUCUGUGACGCGGCGUUCUAGGCUGUAGGCCCUGGCAGAGCCUGCAGUCGGAGCGGCCCGGCGACAGGAGGCGGCGACGCCAGCGGCGGCAUGAGCGUCUACCGGCUACCGGUGGUGAUCGACAACGGCUCGGGAGUGAUCAAAGCGGGCCUGGCUGGGAGCCGGGAGCCCCAGUUCGUCUACCCGAACAUUAUGGGCCGCGCCAAGGGCCACGGCCGGGUGGCCGAAGGCGAGCAGGAGCUGUACGUGGGCGAACAGGCGCAGGCCAGGAGAAGCUCGCUGGCCGUCAGCUACCCAGUGGAGCGUGGUCUCAUUACUUCCUGGGGGGACAUGGAGAUCAUGUGGAAGUAUAUCUAUGACUAUAACCUGAAGCUAAAGGCGUGUGAUGGCCCAGUCUUGAUUACCGAGCCAGCACUGAACCCGCUGGCCAACCGGCAACGGAUCACUGAAGUGUUUUUUGAGCAUCUGGGUGUUCCUGCCUUCUAUAUGUCCAUCCAGGCUGUGCUGGCUCUCUUUUCUGCUGGCUUCACUACUGGCCUUGUGCUGAAUUCAGGUGCUGGCGUUACCCAGUGUGUGCCCAUCUUUGAGGGUUACUGUCUGCCCCAUGGUGUCCAGCAACUAGAUCUGGCAGGCCUUGACCUCACCAGCUAUCUCACCACACUCUUGAAGAACCAUGGUAUCAUGCUGCUUAGUGCUGCAGACAGAAAGACUGUCGCAGACAUUAAGGAGACCUCUUGUUAUGUGGCAAUGAACUAUGAAGAGGAAAUGGCCAAGAAACCUGACUUGAUAGAGAAAAUUUACAGACUACCUGAUGGGAAGAUUUUCAGGCUCCAUGAUGAGCUCUUUUGUUGUCCAGAGGCCCUCUUCUCUCCCUGUCUCAUGAGCCUUGAGGCCCCUGGCAUUGAUAAGAUGUGCUUCAGUAGCAUAAUGAAAUGUGAUACAGAUCUGAGGAAUUCCUUCUUCUCCAAUAUUCUUCUUGCUGGGGGAUCAACCUGUUUUCCUGGUUUUGAUAAGCGGCUAGUUAAGGAUAUAGCAAAAGUGGCUCCUGCCAACACCCCAGUGCAGGUUACAGCUCCCCCAGAAAGGAAAAUAUCAGUGUGGAUGGGAGGUUCUAUUCUUGCAUCCCUGUCUGCCUUCCAGGACAUGUGGAUCACUGCUGCAGAAUUUAAAGAAGUUGGACCCAACAUAGUACACCAAAGAUGCUUCUGAAAUACAGAUGAAGUGGUUAGAAGAAAAUGUUUUGCAUAUUUGCAUAUAUGUGACAGAAAAGUUUGGAUAUUAUAUGUUUCUGGGAGAACAGAAAAUACUUCAAUUAUUGGGUUGUGUAUGUCUCUGUUGCUUUUCUAUAAUGGGGGCAAUAAUAAUGGUGAAGUAGUCAAACAACAUGUUUAUUGAGUAGAACCAAGUUAAAUAUUUUAACCAAGUUAAAAUAGUGUUUCCUAUAAUGUUUCUUCUAAAGUUGAUCUUGGAGAGCUUACAUUUCCCUUGGAGAGAGCACUUAGUGGUAUGUAUGCUAUGUGCCAAAUGAGUGAUAAGAUUUAAGCUUGUUGAAGUUUAGGGAAAGAAGGUUGCUGUCAGGAGGAAAGACUUCACAACAGAAGUAUGUCAUCAUGGAUGGGGUGUUAUUAAGAUGGGUAGGGGAGGGCAGACAUCCAGGCAAGCAUAAUAAAAUGAGCAAGGGGCUAGAGAUGAGAAUGAACAAAGCAUAUUCAAGGCAUGUUUAGUACACUGAUUUUGUUU